GGAAUCGGGGAAGCCCCGCCCCCACGCCCGUCCGCUUCCGAGCGCGGGGCGGGGCGGUAAGUGUCGCGAAAGGCCGAGCGGGUGGCGGCUGCUUUCCGGCAGACGCUUUCCGGCCGGCCGGGGCUGAGGCGGCAGGCCGCGGCCGGAGGUGCGAGCGCGUCGCGGCUUGCAGCGGGGGUCGCGGUGGAGGACCGCGGUGCGUGGGUCGCGAUGCCCGGCGUGAAGCUGACCACGCAGGCCUACUGCAAGAUGGUGCUCCACGGCGCCAAGUACCCGCACUGCGCUGUCAACGGGCUCCUGGUGGCCGAGAGGCAGAGGCCGCGCAAGGAGCAUCCUCCUCCCGGCGCGGGCAGCCACACGCUCUUCGUGGACUGCAUCCCGCUCUUCCACGGCACGCUGGCCCUGACGCCCAUGCUGGAGGUGGCGCUCACCCUGAUUGACUCGUGGUGCAAAGACAACAACUAUGUGAUCGCUGGCUAUUACCAAGCUAAUGAGCGUGUGAAGGAUGCCAGCCCAAACCAGGUGGCAGAGAAGGUGGCCUCCAGGAUCGCAGAGGGCUUCAGUGACACCGCACUCAUCAUGGUGGACAACGCCAAGUUCACGAUGGACUGCGCAGCGCCCACGAUCCACGUGUACGAGCAGCAGGAGAGCAGGUGGCGGUGCAGAGACCCACACCAUGACUACUGUGAAGAUUGGCCGGAGGCACAGAGGAUCUCAGCUUCACUCCUGGACAGCCGCUCCUACGAAACACUCAUGGAUUUUGAUAAUCACCUGGACGACAUUCGGAGCGACUGGACAAACCCUGAGAUCAACAAAGCGGUUCUGCACCUGUGCUAGACCAGGACCACGGCUGAGACCACACUACAGGAAGACGAGAGCAUAUUUUUUAAUUUAUAGAGGAAUAGUAGGUUAGCUGAAAGGGAAGCCGCAAGUCUGAUGUGUGCCUUGGAAGGGGGUGCAGUCAGCAUCCUUCAGGGCGGGGCUGUGGAGAGCUGUGGGCCGCCUAGGCUUUGAGUUCUUAGUCCUGUACUGCCCAGUCCCGCCCGUCAGAGCUCUUUCUGCUUGUGCCAGGUCGUUCCCAUUAAACAGUUCUGUCUAGCCUUUUGUAAUCCUGA